AUGGAUACCGAAAAAGCAGAAGCGAUCCGCCUCGAGGACUUGGCACAAGGCCGUCCAUCAGAUCUUGCAGGCGACGAUGUUGUGAAUGAAAAAGCAGAGAGGGGUGUCCGGUUGAAGCUGGACCUUGUCCUCUUACCGUUACUCUCAUUGAGUAUCUUCUUCGGCUACCUGGAUCGUGGACAGAUAGGCAAUGCCCGAGUCCUUGGAAUGCAAAAAGAUCUGGGAUUCACCAACCAGCAAUUUUAUAACUGCGUCAUGAUGUUCUAUGUCGGCUAUAUGCUCAUCGAGCUUCCUGCGGCAAUGAGUUUGAGAUACUUCCAUCCUCGAUAUGUCUUCGGCAUUGCACUUCUUGUCUUUGGAGUGUUUGCAGCUAUUAUUCCACCAGCAAGAAGUUAUGGUGGAGUCAUGACUUUGAGAGUUCUCAUUGGUCUUGGGGAAGCAUUUACGACAAAUGCAUACAUCUUCAUCACGCUGUGGUACAAACCCAACGAGUUGGCAACCAGAACGGCCGCUGUUUAUGGGAUGACACCCAUUGCAGGAGCCAUCAGUGGCGUAAUAGCAUAUGGCGUGGGCAAGAACCUCGAAAAUAAGAGCGGGCUUAUGGCUUGGGAGUGGCUGUUUGUCAUUGAAGGCGUAGUCACUUGUGCGUUCGGCUUGUUGGUUAUCUUUUUGCUGCCCGGCCUUCCAGAGCAGACCGCAGCCAAAGGUUCAUAUCUUUUUCGAAGUCAAGAGGAUCGACAAGCUAUACUCACUCGGUUUGCAAAGUCACAAAACUCAAAGGAUGCAAAGUUGCGCCCUCAGCAGAUCUGGAUCGCGUUCAAAGAUCUAAAACUCUACUUAGGUUCUCUGAUGGUGGGAACGGCAGGUGUGGGAAUUGGGGCCUUUUCAGUAUUCCUUCCGACAUUCAUCAAGGAAUUUGGAUUCUCUCGCCUUGAGACUCAACUCUACUCAAUGAUUCCGUAUGCUUUUGGACUGCUGGGACUGCUGUUCUUCCCGUGGCUCUCGGACCGUAUUCACCAGCGGGCAUUGGUGACUAUUACCUGUCUAGGCAUCACAGCAACCGGUUUUAUCAUCCUGAUGGCGACAACCAAUAAGGUUGCUCUGGUGGCUGGUGCAUGCUUCGUCGCAGGCGGCGCAUAUCCAUCGCUCGUCGUCAGUAUUGCCUGGUUGUUGACGUUUCAUGGUGGCUACACGAAGCGCGCAACCGCUUCAUGGAUCAAUCAGAUUUUCAUUCAAGGCUACAGCAUCAUGGCCACACAGGUUUACCGUAACCCUCCUCGAUACUUUCUUGGCCACGGCAUUGCUCUCGGCGUUUACACCAUUGGCAUUCUCAGUGCAAUUGCUUGCUGGUGGAUUUGUUCCCGUGCAAACAAGGCGAAGGAUCAACGACAGGCAGAAUUUGCUGCGGCCGGUGAGCUCGAUCCUGAUAUGGAUGAAGAUUAUGAACGGCUGUGUGACUACCAUCCUGGUUAUCGAUAUACAACAUAG